AUGUUCACCUCAACCUACUUUCUAGAACGCUUUCAAAAGUCCCGUUUUAACAAAGAUCCCAUCUUACCUGUAAUAACAGUGGCUACAGCGGCUACUCUAAUCUACACCACAUGCAAAUUUAUUUCACACAAACAGCAGCAGAAGCAAAACACAGCAGUAAAAGAGAUUCCCUCUCCCAAAUGUGGUUACCCUUAUAUUGGCCACAUGUGGUCUUUUGGGCCCUUGCCAGGCAAGACUUUGUGGAUUGUUGUGGAUGAUCCUGAACUGGCUCACAAGAUAUUUGUAACGCAUGGUGCUGAUACAUCAUACCGCCCUUAUACAACCUACUCGAGCAAGUACUUUAGCAAUGGAGCAAGAGAUAUCGCAUUCAGUCAGCCAGGUAAGCAUUGGGACAAAAACCGAGUUGCAGCUUUAUCCGUGCUUGCGCCCAAACAGAUCAAAAACUACCUGGACUCUAUUUACCGCGAGACAUCUGACCUGACCACUCGAUUACUGGAAUCAACCAAGAAGAACGGCUACACAGAUCCCUACAAACACAAUGAAUUAUGCUUCCUCAAUGUGGUUUUCAAGAUUGUUUAUGGAAAGCGCUUUGAUGCAGUGGAUGACGCCGAAUUUCUUCAGGUCAUUGACAUGAUUGAGACCAGUAUGACGUUUCUAGCCUUGGAAAAGGAUAUGCCAGACUUCUUACCCAUUGUCGCUGUCUUUGAUUAUUUCGCUGGUACACAGGCAAAAAUGAAGCAUUUCACUGAUACCAUUCGUAAUCCUGCAUUUACAAGAUUUGUAAAGGAGGCUUUGCUGCGAGACGGACCCAACGUUGUGAAAUCGUUAAAGGAAGAUGGCUUUGAUUUACCAGAUGAGGACAUUCUUGUGUUGCUGGAUAAAGGGUUUAAUAAUGCAGCUUUGCUCACUUAUCUCUCUCUCUCUCUCUCUCUCUCUCUUCGGAAUCUGGCCAUCAUGUGUCAUUAUCCUGACUUGCAAGAAAGGGUCUCUCAUGAAAUUGACAAGCCCACAACCUACUUGGGACUUUCUCACACGGCAGACAAAGACAUUGAGGUUGAUGGCUACGUCUUACCCAAAGGCUGCACCAUCAUUGCCAGCAUGGACAGCAUGCACGAAAAUCCCAAGCAAUAUCCAGUGCACCCUGAAUCCUUCUUGCCAGAGAGAUACAUGAACAAUAUGAAGACCAUGCAAGCUGCCGUGAAUGGAAAACUGGAUCAACGCGAUCACUUUAAUUUUAGCUUUGGAAGACGCCUUUGCAUAGGAAUUUAUUUAGCUGAAGUGGAGCUGUUCAAUGCAUUUAUCCAAGUAUUCGCUCGAUGCAAAAUCGAGCCCAUCUCUAAAGAUGAAUAUCCCGAUAUCUCAACUGCAAGAGAAAAUGCGGGUUUGAACAUCCUGCCACCUUCGUACAAGGUCAAGUUUAUUAAGCGUCAAGAUGCUCUGCUUCAUGUAUAG